AUGGUUAAAUUCAAAGGAAGGAGCAGCCUGAAACAGUACCAACCCAUGAAACCAGUAAAAAGAGGAAUCAAAGUUUGGGAGAGCUGCGAUUCUAAGACUGGAUACUUCAACAUUUACACUGGGAAAGAAUCUUCAGUGACUGAAGGAACUCUGGGAGAACGCGUUGUAAAAAUGCUUAUUUCUACGUUGAAGAUUCCCCAAAUCGUUCUCUGUUUCGACCGAUUCUUCACUUCGGUGAAUCUGAUGUACACCCUGCCCCAUGGAUGUGUUGGCACCUACAUGAAAGGACGAAAAAAUACACCAACAUUUCCGACUGCGAGAAGACGAGAAGUGCAGCGCGGUAAUUCGAUUUUCCAAACUACAAGAGAGGGAAUAAUUGCUGUCAAAUGGAUGGACGCGAAGGAAGUUUUUGUCAUGUCAAAUUGCCAUAGCACUGAAUUUACUACUGCGAUUAGAACUCUAAAAGAUGGAUCUAAGAAGGAGUUCCCCUGCCCGUCAAUGGUAAUAUUUUACAUCGAGUUCAUGGGUGGAGUUGACCUCUCUGACCAACUGGGAACAUGCUACGAAGUUGAUCGAAAAUCCAACAAGAUAUUCUACAGAUUACUGAUAGCCUCGAUUGUUAAUCCCCAUGUUGUUCGUCAAGACGUUACUGAACGAAGACGUCCCUUACUACCAUUCCUCGUUGCUGUUGCUGAAAGUCUCCUGACAUUUGGAAAUGAAAGCAA